CACGGCGGGGCUGCACCCGUGGCACUGGGGGUCUGGUGUUUGUUCCCCCCUUCGGAGCAGUGGAGCCAGUGCAGUGGUUGCCAUAGCAGUGCUGGUAUUGGGGGGGCUGCAUUCUGCACUGGACCCUCACCUCAGCUCCCAGCAGGGUGAGGAACAGGGAACUCACUUGGUGCCCGGGGGAGGCAGAGUCACCCUGGGUUCCCCCUCACCCUCAGGCUGCCGUGGGACCAUGCCACAGAGAGAGCAGCCCCGGGCACGCCGCGCCCAUGGCUGGGGUCAGCGCUCAGCUAGGGGGGCUGUUGCUGGAGCAGAAGACAUCCCGGCUGUCCCCUGGCCUGCCAGGCUGGGCACAAGGGCACAGCAGGGCAUCCCAGGGCCUGUGCAGUGCAGCCGGGACACCAGCAUGAAGCUUGGCAGGCCAGCGAAGGCCAUGUCGGGGACCACCAGCUCGGUUAGGCAGAGGCAGGCAGGGCAGGCAACAGCCACCACCACUGGCCACCGUAGCUGCCACCACCCCUUGCUCAACCCUGAUCAGUUCAAGAGGGCCAGGCUGCGCGUGGAGAGGGCCAUCAAGGAGAAGAAGAUCUUCACAGUGCAGGGCCCGUACCCCGUCAUGCGCAGCCUGCUGCGGGCCCGGGGCUGGGUAGAGAGGAAGCUCCCCAGCACGGGCAGGGUGGGCAGCUGCCCAGAGCAGCAGCAUGGCAGCCAGGAGAGGCGGCUGCAGGAGGAGGAUGAAGGCAGUGAUGGUGCUGAGCAGGGGGAGGCAGUGCUGGACCUGCAGCUGGGGUCACCAUGCCAUGAGGCACAGCCUUUGCUGGGGACCCCAGGGCCCCUGAGCUUCUCAUGGCCACCCAAUGAGGAGGAGGAAGAGGAGGAGGAAGAGCAGUGGGAUGAGGACCCUGAUGGCAUCCAUGACCUCAUGUCCUGCCUGGUGCGGGACCAGGUGCCGAACUUCAUCUGGACCAGCCGCUGCAGCACUGACUGCCGGCUGCUGCGGCAGGACCAGGUGGUGAACCACUAUGCUGGGGUAGGCGCCUUCACCACCAAGGAGGGGCUGUGUCAAAACCUGCGAAACCUGCCCUGGUUCGACCAAGCUGACCCUGACACCUUCUUCCCCCGGUGCUACCGGCUGGGGGCUGCAGAUGAGCGGCAAGCCUUCAUCGAGGAUUUCCGCUUGACAGCAGCUCGCAGCCUGCUCAGAGUGGCCCUGGAGAGGGCUGGGGAUGUGCCGGAGGGGACAGAGCAGCCCCUGAAAGCUGGCGAGGGGCCAGCAGGGUCGGGGUCCCUCCUGCCCCCCCAGCUGGUGGAGGAGGCCCUGCAGGUCUGCAGGCAGCACCUGGCCAGCCUGGGGCACCAGGACAUCGACUGGGACCCCUCAGCUCCCCGCAUGACGGACGCCGACUGGGACCGCUUCCUGCGGGACUACUACCACGUGGUGCACUUGGGGGCCAGGCUGGUGCUGAGUGAGGCGCAGCGGGAGCAGUGCCGGGCCCUGCUGUGCUGCCUGGCAGAGCAACUGCCCCAGUUUGGCAUGGAGGGUGACCGCAACGUCUGGAUCCUCAAGCCUGGUGCCAAAUCCUGCGGCAGAGGCAUCAUCUGCACAGCACGGCUGGAGGAGGUGCUGGAGCUGGCGGGGGGCUGUAGAGCACCCUCAGCACGGGUGGGUAGCUGGGUGGUGCAGAAGUACGUGGAGCGGCUGCUGCUCAUCUUCGGCACCAAAUUCGACAUCCGGCAAUGGUUCCUGGUGACCAACUGGAACCCACUGACUGUCUGGUUCUACCGAGAGAGCUACCUGCGCUUCUGUUCCCAGCCCUUCUCCCUGCGCCGCCUGGACCCCGCCCGGCACCUCUGCAAUGUCUCCAUCCAGAAGCAGUUCAAGUCAGUGCGGAGCCAGCACCCCCAGCUGCCCCCUGACCGGAUCUGGUCCAGCCGGCAGUUCCAGGCGUACUUGGCACAGGUUGGGCAGGCAGAUGUCUGGCACCAGGUGAUGGUGCCCGGCAUGAAGGCGGCAGUGGUGGGCACCCUGCGCAGCACCCGAGACCUCGUACGGUCCCGCAAGGGCAGCUUCGAGCUCUAUGGGGCUGACUUUGCCUUUGGGGAAGAUUACCAGCCUUGGCUGCUGGAGAUCAACGUCAGUCCCACCAUGGCCCCCUCCUCAGUCGUGACCAGCCGACUCUGCGCCAAUGUCCAGCGGGACACGCUGCGCGUGGUGCUUGACCGCAAGGACAACCCCACCUGCCCCACUGGGGCCUUUGAGCUGAUCUACAAGGAGGCGGUCAUGCCCAGGCCUCUGGCCGUGGGGCUGAAGCUGACGGUGGAAGGUCACUCUCUGAGGAAGCCCCAAUCCCAAGGCAAGCCCCCCACUGCUGCACCUGCUGCCCACCAGCCCAUCGUGCCCCCCAGCCCCUGGGGCAGAGCCAGCCAGGUUCCCCACCCAGCAGCAGCGUGGGAGAAGCUGGUUCCCCUGGGGCGAUGGAACCGCCGCUGCCCCACUGGCUCUGCCCGCCCAGCACCCCUGCAGUCCCCACGCUGCUGUGCCGGGAGCUGCUGCAGCUCAGCUGCCUGCUCGGGCCACCCCAGGCAGCUCUGCUGCAGCUCAAGUGUCCAUCCCCUGGCCAGGGUCCCCAUCCCACCACCCCGGGGAGCCCCCAGCCAGCUCCUGGGGACCCACAGGCCAGCUCCCCUCCUCCCCUCCCGCCGGGGUAUGACACCCACCCAAGCUGGCACCUGGCAUCUGGACCCCGUGCCACCCAAGCCCUGCUGCAGGGAGGGGGCGUGCAGCAGCUCCCAGGGGGGACACAGAAGAGCUGUGACACUGAAGGCCAUCCAGGAGCGCACCACACAGCACCCUGUGCCUCACAGCUGGAGCAGUGCAGCAGCACCAGCUCGCCCCCACCUCAGCCAGACCCCAUCGCUGGGUCGGGGCACACAGCCCACCCUCCGUGGGGGCUGCAAUAAACGUCUGUGACAUUGAA